AUGCCCCCAGUUAAUCCACUCGUCUUCUCUGCUUUGGGUGGUUGGGAUUUGGGUAUCUGUGGGGACCUCAUCCUGCAGGGCGUCAUCUUUGCGCAAAUAGCCCAUUACUUCAAUCUCUAUCGCUCCGAUGUGCCUGCCCUCCGCGCGUUCGUCUUCGGCCUCUUGUUCCUCACGACGCUGAGGUCGAUGCAAAUGAUCGCCAUCAUGUGGGUCCAGAAUGUCGAGUACUUCACCGAUAUCGACGGAGCGGUGGGAAUGUUCUUUUCCCACUGGCUUAUGAAGAUCAGCGUAGCUUUUGGCGCUUCCAUAUCCUUCUACGUGCAGAUGUUUCUCUGCCACCGUCUUUGGGUCCUCAGCAAAAACCUCUACGUGGUCGCUCUUCUGUUGUUCGUCUUUAUAUUCGCCUUGGUCGCGGCUUUGAUAUUGAUGGCCUUCACGUUCAAUAUAUCCACUUCGCAAGACCUGCGCAACACCUUUCUUUCGCUCCACGUCGGUGUCGUGUUUGGCGGAGACCUCCUUCUUUGUCUGACGACGGCGUAUUUCUUGCUGAAAACCUCAAAACAAGUCUUGCCCCAGACUGCGGGGAUGCUCAACGCGAUCCUGAAGCUGACCUUCCAGACCGCCGCGCCAGGCGCCGUCUGCGCGAUGAUCAACCUGAUUACGUCACGCCUAGCGUCCACGCCCAACCCGUACAACACCUCGCUGCUGAUCUCCGUUAUCGCCACCGACAUUCUCCCCAAAAUAUACGCGUUGAGUGCGAUGUGGACGCUCAACUCACGGCGCUCAAUCCGUGUUGGCGGGUCAUCCGGGCAGGACAGCAGCACGGAGGGGCCGAGCGGGGGAAGGAGAACCGGCACGAGCGGCGGGCGUGGCGGUGUCGAGCUUGGCACGUUUGGAAAAGUGCAGCGCAUCCAAGUCAGGACUCAGGUGCAGACUGCGCAGCAUACCGACGAGGACGGGGCCAUGUUUGGGAAAGACGACGCCGAUUUGAAGUCGCGGGGGAUGGAGGAGGCCAGUGUCGAGACGGACAAGCGGGUAUUUUGA